AUGAACUUUUACAAGGAAUGUGCUGGAGUGCUGGCUCGGAUGGAGGAGAAAAAGGGCUCCAUCAACAGCUUGCUGUCCGAUCUUCAAGAAAAGGACCGCAAACGAGCUGCUGCCCUAGUUAUAGAGACAAUCAAGUUCAUUCAGGCGGCCGGUCUCUUACAACAGGAAAAGAAGAAUCUAAGGGACAGAAACCUCGUUCUACUUCUUGUUCACGACCUGCUACUAGCAAAAGGUAUUCAAGCCGGCGAUGGACCCAUCAAGCAAGCAGUCAUGAAGCAUAAGACGAGGCUCAAUGCCGAGCUCGUGAAAGUAAAGAUAAAGAAAGGUGCAACGAAAGUAGUCGAUUUGGUUCAAAGUACUGCUCUGAAUCUGGAUAGCCGACGAUGGAUUCGUGUCAAUACUCUGCGUGCAUCGGAAGAGGAGGUCUUAGGGGCCUUACAGAAGGAAGGGCGCGGUUCCAUUCAAUUCUGGAAGGACUCGCACAUUCCACAUUUGCUCUCGUUCUCACCGGACAUCCGACUGCAAGACUCUGAAUUAUUUCGGAGCGGAAAAAUUAUAUUGCAAGACAAGGCCUCCUGUUUUCCAGCAUUCGUGCUAAAUCCACCGUCGAGCAAGGAGGCCCAUGUCAUUGACGCGACUGCUGCACCUGGCAAUAAGACCUCUCACCUGAG